AUGACAGACUCAUCGACGCCGCGGCGCCCCAGCAGUGCGGGUUCCGAUCUCUCCGUCGACUCUCAGGACCCAACCGUCUCCCUGAAGCGCGUUGGACUCAGCAAGGAGUUUGCCACCACCAAGAGUGGAACAUCCUACGUCCGCACACUCAACCCAGACGGCACCAAGACAGCCUGGAAGAAGGUCGAGGCCCCGCCCGACAACACGCAGCCCGACUCCCGUACCAAGCAGCUGUACCUCGUCCGCCACAACCAGGCCGAGGGCGAGCCUUUCCACUGGAGCCUCGAGACGGCCGACGUCGAGGGUGGCGACCUGGAGGGCAAUGUCUAUCAGGUCUCGGGAGACGCCGAGUUUAUGGAUUACAGACCGAAUCAGGAUGGUGUACCCGUGCCCACUCUGAGUAACCCAGACAUUCGAGACUACUUCGUCCUGGUUCCCAAGCUCACCCCGGAGCUGGAGGACAUCGUCAAGGAGGUGGCUGCAGCUGAGCCCCCUCCUCAGGCAAAGAGCAGGAAGGAGGUCAAGGAGAACUGCCAGUACUGGGCCAUCAGAGUGAUGAAGAAGCUGGUCGAGCUCGGAAUGAUGGACUCGCAGAAGGUGGUGGACUGCCAGAAACUCUUGGAGCCUCUCCGGAAAUAG